UCCAGUCCGCUCCAGGAGAGGAUCCAGGAUCUAAUUCCGGUCCAGGAGAGGAUCCAGUCAGGUCCAGGAGAGGAUCCAGUCCAGUCCAGUCCAGUCCAGGAGAGGAUCUAAUCCGGUGCAGGAGAGGAUCCAGGAUUUAGUCUGGUCCAGGAGAGGAUCCAGUCAGGCCCAGGAGAAGAUCCAGGAUCUAGUUCGGUCCAGGAGAGGAUCCAGUCUGGUCUAGGAGAGGAUCACGUCCGGUGCAGGAGAGGAUCCAGGAUCCAGUCCGGUCCAGGAGAAGAUCCAGGAUCUAGUCCGGUCCAGGAGAGGAUCAAAUCCGGUUCAGGAGAGGAUCCAGUCCGGUCCAACAGAGGAUCCAGUCCGGGAAAUCUUCCCUCCCGCCCCUGAGGAUGGCUAAGCUAAGCUAGUACAAAACUGAUCCAGCUAACCGUUCCCGCUCCGGGUCUCAGCAGCCCGUUCAUGUUCUCCUUCCUCCCCGCGGAGUCUUUAAUCCUCCAGAACACGAACCGGGUUAAAGUCUUUAUUCAGAGACCAAGACCCACGGAGAGGAAGAUCUGAUCCACCGACCCCCCAGUUUGAGCUAAGCUAGCUGUUAGCCUCACGGCCAAAAUGGCGGACAGCGAGGAGGACGGCGGACCGUCCGGAACCAGGACAGCCGCGGGACCACCGGGGACCACGACCCAGACCUCCACCCCCCAGAGCACCCAGCACGGGGACACCUUAACCUUAGCCCCCGUCACACAGAGCCUUCAGCCCGGGGAGAGCUCACAGACAGACCCCGGAGCAGAGACCUGUCCCCCCGGGGAGACUGUGGUCCAGCUGGCGGACUUCCUCCAGAGCUGCCCGGAGGAGCAGAGCAUCCUGCUGGGCCCCGAGUUCUCCACCCUGGGUACGGAUCUCAGCAACACCACCAUCAUCUACGUGCAGCCGGACGGCAGCCUGGUGGAGGGAUCCGGUCUGACGGCCGAGGAGCAGCAGGCUCUGCUGGACCAGCUCACCAAGCAGCAGAUCGUCCAGGUCUCUGACACCGAGGCCGCCCAGCUGCUCCAGCAGAGCCAGCUGGUGAAGACCAUCCCGGUCCAGAACACAGCCCUGGACCCGAGUCAGCUGCAGCAGGUCAUCAACCAAGUCACCAAGUCACAGCAGCAGAUCCACGUCCAGGUUCCCCUUCAGACCGUGAAGCAGCAAGUCCAGAUCCCCCAGCAAGGUGUGAAACAGCAAGUUCAGGUCCAACAGAUCCAGGUCCAGCAGGGUGUGAAGCAGCAGAUCCAGGUCCCGCAGCAGAACUUAAAGACUACCAAUCAGAACAAUGCCUCCCAGCAGCUGAAGAGUGUCGCCCAGCAGGUCGCCAAGCAGACCAGCAGCUCGGUCCAGGUGGUCCAGAAGAAGCCCGAGCCUGUCAGGAUCCAAGUCCAGGUCCCCCUCAAACAGGAAGUGAAGCCUGGCUCCGCCCCCCAGCAGAAGACCGUAGCGGUCAAUCCUCCGCAGGUGAAGCUGUCGUCCAAUGGCAGCGUGAGCAGCGCUCAGAUCAUCCACAUCCAGCCCAUGGUGGGUCAGCAGGGUCAGCAGUUCUUCCUGCAACAGAACCCGGGGGACCCCCCAAUCCAGCUGCUGUUACAGAGCCCGGGCCCCGUGGUGGGACCUUUGCUUCCAGUGGUCCACAAGCUGACAGGCCAGGUGAAACCAGCAGGACCCAGUUCAAGCCCGGGUCAGAAACCUGCUGUGUCUCCAAUAAGAGUUCAGACUCCCUCAGCUGUAAAGACCACACCCCCCUCCAUUGUCAAGACCACGACCCCCUCAGCGGUCAAGACCACGUCCCCCUCAAUUGUCAAGACCACACCCAGCUCCUCUGCUAAGACUGUUAGCAUCCCGAUAAUUAAGACUCCUGCCAACGGCACAAGGACAGAGACCAGUAAGAGUCCAGUUAAAACCCCUACAGGCCCAGCUACCCCCGUACAGACCCCCACACCUGCUGCCAAACCGGCCUCAGUAGCCACACCCCCUGCAGCCCCGCCCCCUACAACUCAACCUCCAGCUGUGAGGGAAAGAGAUCGAGAGAAGGAGAAGGAGAAGAAGUUAAAGAAGAAAGACAAGAAGGCGGUGAAGGUCCAGACCAGAUCAGGACGAGUCUCCAGACCACCAAAGUACAAAGCCAAAGACUACAAGUUCAUAAAGACGGAGGACCUGGCCGACAGCCACCAGUCCGACUCUGACGACUACUCCGACAUGAGCGUGGAGGAGGAGGGGGACGGCGAGAAGAAGGGCGCCGCCCCCGGUGCCUCCCCCUCCCUCACCUACAGCCACAAGUCCCGGUCUCACCGCUGCCAGACCUGCGACAAAGCCUACAUUGGGCCCGGAGGUCUGAACCGGCACUACAAACUGAACCCGACCCACGGAGAGCCAGAACUGCCUGACAACCCGCCAAGCAACCCACCACGCCCCCUCAGAGACGACAGCCAAUCACAGGAGACCACGUCAGGAGGGGUCAAAGAGGAGGAGGGGAAGAAGAAGGACGACAAACCUGCUGUCACGGCAACAAACAGAGUGGAGGGGGGUCCAGCUGCAGCUGUAGGACUCAGGGGCCUUCAUCACCGGGGCCCAGGCCGGCCCAGAGGACGAGGAAGAGGCAGGGGGCGAGGUCGAGGGCGGGGCUUGGGGCGAUCUCUAGGACCGCCUCCUAAAGUGACGGUCGGCCUGGUCAGUAGGCGGGGCCGGCGUGGGCGACCUCCAAAGAUUGCUGUCGCCACGGUAACAGCAGAGCAGCAAGCGGAGAGGAGGCGUGACCGUCUGCAGGAGCUGGUGGAGCAGUGUGAGGACGAGGAGCUGAUGGACAUCGUCCUGCCCCGUCUGACCAAAGUGCUGAGUCUGUGGGAGCUGCUGCUGGCCAAGGUGGAGCGUGGUGGACCAGCUCGGACCCGGUUUCCAGACAUUUACCGUGAGUUCGAGUCCCUGCAGGCUCAGGUGAGACAGGCCGCCCAGGACUACAUCGUCAGCCCACAGGGUGGAGCCAUGCCGCUGGAGGUCAGGAACAUUGAGGUGGCCCGGUCUCUGGGGAUCCUGGAUGAGGUGAACCGGAUGAAGGUGGUUCCAGGAGCGUCUCCCAGCUCCAGUGUGUCCAAUAAAAACGUCCGAUACAUGGAGAAUUCAAAGAUGCUGCCGCCGUCAAAGAGAUUCAAGAUGGAGAACAGCGUCCCAGUCCACCAGAACGGCCUUGAGACACCCAGACCAGGAGGGAUCUCUGUGACCUCUAUGACCUCUGUGACCUCUGUGACCCCUCUGACCCCUGUGUCCUCUGCGUCCCCUGUGACCUCUGCGUCCUCUGUGACUUCUGCGCCCUCUGUGACCCCUCUGACCCCUGUGACCCCUCUGACCCCCGUGACCCCUGUGACCUCGUCUCUGAAGUCCUGCUCGGUGUCUCCUGUGGUCGUUCCAGCUGAAUCCAGCGCUGCUGACUCCACCUCCAGCUCCUCUUCUGAGAAGACAUCCUCCACACAAGCUCCGCCCCCUGCCACACCCAUGGAGGUCACUCCAGGGGAGGACCAGGGUAAGGGGCUGCUGCAGACCAGCGCCCAGGUGGAACCCUUGCCCCAGAACCAGGACCAGGUUGAGAGCAGUAGUGACUUGAAAGACCGGGUAAAGGAGCAGGAGAAAGAUCCAAGUCCUGAAACAACCACAGACUCAAAAACACCCGAGUCCAGCUCGAUCCAGAUACCUGAGUCCAGCUCGAUCCAGAUACCUGAGUCCAACUCGGUCCAGACACCUGAGUCUAGCUCGGUCCAGACACCUGAGUCUAGCUCAGUCCAGACUCCAGCUCCCUCUCAGAUCCCCCACAAGGACUCAUCUCAGUCUGAGCCCAAGGAGCUGCAGGAGGGUCAGGAGAUCUACAUCCAGACCGAGGGGAUGACCGUCCAGCUGGCAGAGCCUGGACUAGACCGGAUUGUGAUUGUCAAUGGGCCAGAUGGGACCACCAUGCACAUCCAGACCCCAGAAGGAGUCCCCCUUGAGGCGGUCCAGGCCCUGCUUGGCAUCGAGGCUUCAGACGGAGCCAAGGCACCGCAGUGAACCUGAACUGAAUCCAGACCGAUCUGGACUGAGCGAGACAUGAACCACAUCGCUGAGCAGAACUCCUAAAGGUGGAGUCAGCUUCCAGAGCAACACGUGGACCCACAAAGACCUGGACCUGCAGACUCCUGGACCUGUACACAUGAACUGGUUUCAAACAUCAAAUUGAAGUCUUAAGACGCCAACAAGCCCCUCCCCAUUUCUGGAGGGGGUGGGGCUUAACACACCUGUGUUGACCUGAGGUCCCACCUGGACGGACGGCUGGUUUCUAGAAGAGUCUGAAGGAGACCUGAGAGGACGCCGACGAUCAAACUUCUGUUCACGUUUAAAAUCUUUAAUUUUCCUGAAGUCUGAGGAGCGAGUCCGACCAAUCAGGAGCCAGCACCGAGCAGGUGACACACCUUUAAAGGGUCAUUCUGGUGUUUCUGACAUCGCUCUCUCUCCACGGCAACACGCUGCAGCUCUCCAGAGAUGCUGCUCCGCCUCCUCCUGUGAUCCAGACCGAGGAAGAGCAGCAGCUCCUGACCUGUGUGUGUGUGUGUGUGUGUGUGUGUGUGUGUGUGUGUGUGUGUGUGUGUGUGUGUGUGUGUGUGUGUGUGUGUGUGUGUGUGUGUGUGUGUGUGUGUGUGUGUGUGUGUGUGUGUGUGUGAGAAUGUACUUUGAUCUGAACAAAAACACCAGAACUGCCCUUUAACUGCGAUCGGCUCACAGGGAUCCAGAUCUGUCUCUGCUGCAUCCACCAAUCAGAGGAGGGUAUGGAUCCCUCCUCUGAUAGGUGGAUGCAGCAGAGACAAUGUGACAUCAUCAGUGUGUGACUUUAGUGUCCUCUGUAGGCCUCCGUACUCAGCAGUGUUCUCUACCGCUCAGCUUCUUCUUCUCUGAUUGGUUCAUUCAGUGCUCACCUGUGAUGAUGUCAGCGCUGGCUCCUCCUGCUGGUUUUUAAGGGAUCUGGAUCUGGAUCUGGACUGGUUGUAAAAUAUGUAAAGUUGUUUUUCUUUCAGUGUUUCCAUGUUUGGACUUGUUGUUGGUUGAAACUAGAGACGCAUUAGUUGUUUAUAUGUAGAUAAAUCUGAAAAAGUUUAAAAAAAGUUGCACUAUUUUAUUACUUUUUAUAAAACUCCACGGAGAGACGUUUCCCACGCUGAAGGUUCGUACAGGUUCUGACUGAGCGCGGCGUGGAGGAGGAGUCACAUGUACCGCCAUGUUGAAGGUUUGAGUGCUGAAUGCAUUAAACACAUUUCAUGUUCCUCCAAUAAACUGAUGUGACAAACUCA